AGCUGGUACCCCCUUUGCUGGGUAGAGAUGCCACUCUCGCCUCCUUUUGGAUAGAGGACUGCAGGAGGCUGGAGCACCUCAAGGAGCCGCGUCCCGCUCCCAGAAGAUGCUGGGAACAAUGAAAUAAGAAUUCCUGCGGUCCGCCCGAAGCCACCAUGCUGACGCGCCUUUUCAGCGAGCCCAGCCUGGUCCCCGAGGUGCCGAAAUUCGCCGGCUGGGCCGAGGAGUGCGAGGAGGAUGCCCGCAGCGAGAAGGAGGAGCGGGCGGGGAAGGGCUGCGCCCUCCCGGAGGAGCCGCCCGAGGGCUCGCUGGGGGAGAGCAAGGAGGAAGGGGAGCUAGGCGGGGACGAGGAGGAGGAGGAGGAGGAGGAGGAAGGCUUGGAGGAGGCGGAGGGCGAGCGGCCCAAGAAGCGCGGCCCCAAGAAGCGCAAGAUGACCAAGGCGCGGCUGGAGCGCUCCAAGCUGCGGCGGCAGAAGGCGAACGCCCGGGAGCGCAACCGCAUGCACGACCUGAACGCGGCCCUGGACAACCUGCGCAAGGUGGUGCCCUGCUACUCCAAAACCCAAAAGCUCUCCAAAAUCGAGACCCUUCGCCUGGCCAAGAACUACAUCUGGGCUCUCUCCGAGAUCCUGCGCUCGGGCAAACGGCCCGACCUGGUUUCCUACGUGCAGACUCUGUGCAAGGGGCUGUCGCAGCCCACCACCAACCUGGUGGCCGGUUGCCUGCAGCUCAAUUCGCGCAAUUUCCUCACGGAGCAAGGGCAGGAGGGCGGCCGUUUCCACGGGCCCAACGCCUCCUUCGCCGUGCACCCCUACCCCUACCCCUGCUCGCGGCUGGCCGCGGCGCAGUGCCCGCCCGCCGCCGGCCCCGGGUCCCACGGGCUGAGGACACACAGCUACUGCGCCUCCGCCUACGAGAGCCUCUACGGCAACGCGUCCCCCGACUACAACAGCUCGGAGUACGACGGGGGGCUCAGCCCCCCGCUCUGCAUCAACGGCAACUUCUCCCUCAAGCAGGACUCUUCUUCCCCCGACCACGAGAAAAGCUAUCACUACUCUAUGCACUACUCGGCGCUGCCCGGCUCCCGGCCCGCCGGCCACAACCUGGUCUUCGGUUCGACGGGGAUGCGCGGGGGGGUCCACUCCGAGAACAUCUUCCCCUACGACAUGCACCUCCCGCACGAGCGGGGCCCCAUGUACGAGGAGCUCAACGCCUUCUUCCACAACUGACCCCCCCCAGCCCCCCAGCCCUUCUCCCCCCAGCCCCCCCCCCUCCUCCACCGCCCGACCGCCCCAGCCCCGAGGAGGGUGUGUGUGUGUGUGGGGAAACCGGCCCCCGGGGCUCCGCCGUGGGCUUUGGUGCAAUAUGGGGACCCGGCCCCGGCGGCGGGUCCCCGCGCCCCGUGGGGACAAAGUGCUUUUUUGGGAGGAUUUCCCCUUUUCCUUAAAUGAUUAUUUAUUAUUUGACUAGUUAAAUUAUUCUUAUUACUAUUAUUAUUAUUAUUACCAUUAUUAUUAUUAUUAUUACUAUUAUUAUUAUCAUUAUUAUUAUUUCCCCGAGGGGGGAAUGCGCCAAGCGCGGCCCCCGCACCGCCAGCCCCCCGCAGAGCCGCCCCCAGAGCCCAGCCCGGCCCGCUGGAUCGAACCGCUUCGUUUUCUUUUUAAUUCGUUUUCAUUUCAUUUUUUGGGGGAAAAAAAAAUAUUUUUUUUUCCUUUCCCCACCCCCCUCCCCUUCCCCCAUUUUGGGCCGUUUCUCCCCUCCACCGCCGUGACCCCGUACCCUCCUUACCCCCCACCCCCCCCGGCAUUGGACACCCGCUGCCCCGGCCCGUGGGAGCGAGAGGAGCCCGCGUUGAUGCGCGGAGCGCAACUUUCCGAAGCAAUAAAGAGGCGAAGGGAGGAACCCACAUUUCUAUCUAUGCAAGCAGGCCCGGCCCGGCGGACGCUCAGAGAUGCACUUUGCUUUGGGGGGGCCCCGGCCCCGCUCCCAGCCCCGGGAGCUCCUCUCGCAGCGCGUGUGUCAGGACGUUUUUUACCUGUUUUAAAAAACUUGAAAUGGAAAAAAAGAAAAAAAAAAAAAGAAAAAAAAAAGGGGAA